AAAUCUUCAGAACAGCAAAAUAAAAUCCAAAAUUUCCCAAUGAGCGCCGUUACAGCUUCAAAUAACAAUCAUGAUGCAGAAACCAACGAUAGUUCAAUUCCAGAGGGGCCGAAAAAGGGACUAGGAAACGCAACGCGUAAUGGGCCAAUGCUGACCCCAGAAGCCACCCCAGAACCGGAGAAUGCGCGGACCGAGGCAGACAGGAGGAGGAGGGAGCAAGAGCAAAAGUCUGCAGAUAUCGAAAAUAAAGAUAACACAGAUGCGGGAAGCACUUCGCCUAGUGAUGAAGAUGUGAUCCAACGCAUAUUGAAGUGCGGAAAGGACGACCACCGUGAGGUUCUUGGAAUUAGUGAAAGUUACGAGACCCCAUACAAAGAGAGGGCAGCCAUUGAAAGGGCGACUUGGAAACUUGGUACUGAUACUCAUCCCGAUUACAAUAAGCAUAAAGAAGCCCAACAGGCUUUUGAAAGAGUCAUCAAGGCAGCCGAGGCAUUGAAUUGUAAGGAAGAUUGGAUAAAAGAGGUCAAAGAAUGGGAUGGCGCUGGCAGUGAUGGUGACAGCGAUAGUGACACGGACGAAAUGGAAGCUGAGUACGAAGUUCCGGCCAUAACCCCCAAAACUGUGAAGAUGUAUCAAGAGGCAACGGCGCAUAUUGCUCACCUUCAGAAGAAACCUAAAUCAAAGACUGCAUCGAAACAGUUGGAGGCAAUCAACAACCGAAUCAAAGAGAUGAACGGAAUUGACGGAGUAGAGCCAAUUGACCAAUGGACAAUCGACUAUCGAGGUCUGGCAGAAUACUACUCAGAAGCUUUACCGUUCAUUCGCAAGAUCAAAAAGAAUCCUGAUGAUGUUGAAGCUAAGCAGAAGGUUGAUGAAAUCAACCAAAAGUUGGACGAGUUUAUCAAAAAGCGUAAGUACCUAGACUGGAGAGUCCAUCCUGAAGUGGUCCUAUCAGAAGAAGCGGAGGCCGCAAAACCUACCCCCAAGAAGAACACAGAGAAACCUGCCCCCACGAACGAGCCAGCGAAACCCACGCCCACGAACGAGCCAGCAACACCCAUUCCAAAUAAAGAGCCUGCAGCUGCGAAAACUAAUGAGGCGAACGCGUCGUCAAAAACAGCUGCAGAGUGGAGACCAGGUUUGACUGAAAAGGGUGAGAGAAUACUAGCAAUGGCGCCAACGGAGACUGAAGACGUACUUGGAAAUCCUGUUAUGACGCGAUGCUCGUUUCUUGUUGAGAAAAAAGGGCAAGAAAAUCCCAUAGCCUUUGAAGAUGCAGCAGAUAUCGGAGAACAAGCUUCCAAAGGCUACCUACAGGACCUACCAGAAGCUGAACGUGUCGAUAUACGUAGCAAAAAGAACAACUACUCUCCAAAGGACAGAAAGGGAUUUGUGCAAAUGAAAGGAGUGGCCUACAAAGAAAGUACAAGUGCGAAUCGAUUUCCAGUUUGUGCCGUGUGGAUUGAAUAUGAGGAUGGCAGCUCGAAGUUCGUCAACCGUUCAGGCUGCAGAGCGAUUUGGAAAAGCAAAGCAGAUAGGAUGAUUGAAGAUGUAUUCAUUGACAAGCAGCUUGAGAUACCUUGGGAGAAAAGGGCGAAACGCCCGAACCAAGCCAAGGUUCCCCCAAAGCAUCCAGCCAAGGCAAGAAACCUCCGAAGCGAAGAUGCACCAUGGAGGACACAGAGCCCAAGAAGGGGAAGAAGCUUUGGAAGCCCAGAGCGAGGAAGAAGCCGCUCUACCUCCUCCAGUGCCAGCUAUCUAUCUGACGAAGGAUUGGAGCGACUUGACGGUAUCGAAGAGCGAAUGUCAAAGUUUGAACAGAUGUUUAUGAAAAUGGACAAGAAGCUCGACGCAAUGAAUAAGACUUCCAAAUAG